AUGAGGCCAUCCAUCACAAUUGCUCUCACCGCCGCCGUCGUGGCCUGGGCUGCUCCAGCUCCUAUGCCCACACCGCCCGGUAUUCCUUCCGAUAGCACCGCCAGAACUCUUCUUGCAGGCCUCAAAGUUGCCGUCCCCGGCUCUGGCAGCGAUUACGAUCGCACCUUGUUUCCCCAUUGGAUCAACAUAGCCGGUACUUGUGACGCUCGCGAAUAUGUGUUGAAGCGCGAUGGUGACGGCGUCGUAGUCAACAGCGCCUGUGUGCCUCUCUCUGGCGACUGGGUCAGCCCCUACGAUAAUGCAAAGUUUACGAAUGCAUCGAAACUAGACAUUGACCACAUGGUUCCUCUAAAGAAUGCAUGGAUUUCCGGUGCCUCGAGCUGGACCACACAACGGCGUCAAGACUUCGCCAACGACGUCACCCGCCCCCAGCUCUGGGCCGUCUCUGCAAGUUCAAACCGCUCCAAGGGUGACAAGAGCCCCGACAAGUGGAAGCCUCCGCUGUCGAGCUUCUACUGCACCUACGCCAAGUCCUGGAUCGACGUCAAGAGUGCCUAUGCAUUGACCAUUUCAAGCGCCGAAAAAACAGCAUUGGGCAGCAUGUUGGACUCUUGCUGA